UGACAAUACAUACGAUACAACCGUUACUGUAGUUAAAUGCGAUUACUGCAACAAUAAUAGAAAAAUCUACGAAAAAAAUAAAAAACACAGUUUCAGUACAGACAAGUGUUGGCAGUCAUAAUACCAACGAAGCUAAUUCAGUCAGUGAUAAUGACCUUGACAUAUCCUUAUCACGGACGACUGACAAGAAUAACAUAGACAUAGAUUAUGACCUUGACCUUACCACGCCACUUAGUACUUACAUGAAUGGUACAUGCAUGUUUUAUGACUCUGGCCCAUCCUCGUCACGAAAUGCUGACAGAAAUGACCCGUGGAUGGAUUAUAACCUUGACCUUACCUCUUGUGGAAAUACUGACAUGCUCGACGCUGACAUUGAUUACAGCCUUGGCAUUUGCUCGCCAUUGAGUACUGACAUGAACGGUAUGGACACGAAAUAUGACCUUGACAUGACCUCGUCACGAAACGAUACCAAAAAUGACAAAAGCAUGGACAAUGACUUUGACCUGACAUCGCCACGAAAAGACAACACAAAGGCUACAUAUUUGGAUAAUGGCCACGACCUAACCUUGUCACAAAAUGCUGAAACAAAUGACAAAGGCAAGGAUUAUGACCUUGACCUUAUAUCUCCACGGCAUGCUGCCGUAACUGUCCCAAGCACAGAUGAUGACCUGGAUUUGACAGAACCUCUUUCGUACACUGAUCAAAUGCCCGGAUGCACCGCAACAUUGACAUCAUCGUGCGUACGAGAUCUCCGUGCACUUCUCAGUAUUUCAGACAUUUCCAAAUGCGGCAAUGCCAUUGGUAAAAGUAAACAUAAAGAAGAAAUGCAUGCGCACGGUGUGAAAAGAAAAAGAACGGGAGGCGAAAUUUAUGGUCCACAACGCAAAAGACAGAAGAGUGGUCAUUCUGAUAACACCGUAACUAGACGUAAGUUAAAACGCAAACGGGAGACAAGCAAAUUUGAUGAUGGACAGAAACGCAUAAAAUGGUAAAUUUUUGAAUGUAUCUAGAGUUGGCAGAAAGAUAUUUUUAUUAUUGUUUAAUGUUACAGCAUUUUAAUUUUAAUUUUGUUUUGUCUUCCGUGUGCUGGUCGCACAGAAUUUUAUCUCAGCUACCGCUUUUACAAUGUUUUCCUGUGAGCUGUAUGCAGCACAGACGCUGUUAUCUGAUUGUUUUGAUUGGAAAAAGAACUUUUAUGAUGCUCCUGCCAGAAAGUCGGGAAAUGACUUUUCAUAUAUAUAUAUCCACUGGAAAAUAACAAUAACAUUGAUCAUACUGUACUGUAACUUUAUGGACGAUAUAACUAGAAGUUUCCUGCGGAAAAAAAUGUUUUUACAUAUGCUGUCAUGAUCAGACGUUCACGAUGGAAAAAAAUGCGAAGUUCUUCCUGACAGUCCUACCAGGUAGUCCUUCCCGCUGAAAUAACUUUGCAGUCCUUCCAUGUGAAAAAUAACUCAACCAGGUGUGAUAACCAGAUGAUUUGAAAAUAUCUGCAGAUGCUGUCGCUGGAAAAAGCAUUUGACACAAACACAAACGGAAAAAGAUUUUUUUUUCAAGGUGGAAAAAUUAGUUUAUUUUUUAGUUUGUUGAUUAAAAACUUUGCAUUAUUCUCAUAGGAAUAAAACUUUACACUGGACUAAUUGGAAUAAAGCUAUGCACGGGUACAAAAACGAAUAUGGUCUCGUAGAAAUGAAGCUUUACAUUGAAACAAAAGUAAGUCGGAUCUCGUAGGAAUAAGGCUUUGCAGAUGCAGCGCUAUACAAAAACACUUUUACAAAUCGAACAUUGUUGUCACUGUAGUUGACUUGUGAUACUUGUAUACUAUUGUUGAAAUAUCUGAUACUGUCAGUAAACCUGUUGAUUACAUUA